AUGAAGGCAGCUGCAGUGGCCAUCCUUCUACUGCAGCUUACACUCGCCCCAUCGAGAGCAGAGCCUUCGUCCUCGUUAUCCGAAGCAUCUUGUGUAGAGAUUGUGCCCCGCUCAAACCUCACAAUGUGCCUCACUGCGUACGCAAGCCAGGGCACCACCUGCGCCAUCAUGUCGCCCUGCAUGCACAAGGAUCCGUCACAGCUAUGGAUCCGGAGAUCAUACGCCGGCAACGUUGAUUCUCAUGGCCUGGACGCGUUUGAGCUCGUCAAUACCGGGUCCCAGCUUGCACUUCAGCAUUACGUAGAUGCGUUUAUCACUUUGGGUACAGUGGGAGAACAACCCGGAGAACAACCUGAUCUAAACUCGUCACUGUGGACUAGGCAGGCUGUGUCGCAUAACUACUACACGCUGCGGAGCUACGACCAACCGAACCUCGUUGUAACAUGGGUUUCGAGUGAACUCCCCUGUAUGGGUUCCUACAGCCAUGGCGAGAUUAACCAGGAAUGGGCUUUCAUAAACUCUUCAGUGAUUCGAAACUACACGAACGCCAUGAAUGCAGCAGCAGCAGCAGCGAUCAUCCUUGUGUUGCAGUUCGCAGCACCAGCAAUGGAAACGAAGGCGUCGGAAUUGCCGUCUUACUGCGCAGCGCAGUUCGUCCCCCGCGCAAACCUCACCAUGUGCGUCACGGGGCUGAGCCAGGGCAUCGUUGUCAUGUCGCGCUGCAUCCGCGACGAUCCACAGCAGCUGUGGAGCCGGAGCUCACGCGCCGGCUACCGCGAUCCUGAUGGCCGCGACGCGUUUGUCAUCAUCAACUUAUGGUCCCGGCUUGCGCUCCAGCACGGCCACGAAUCCGGCAGCGAGAUCAGUUGCGGCUCCGUGCAGCGCGUAAACUCGUCGCUGUGGACGAUGGCAUCGGCGUCGCGCAGCUAUGUGACGCUGCGGAGCUACGAUAACCCGGAGCUCGUCCUGGAUAUAGUUCACGGGGAUUGGACCCAUGGCGGCGUGAGGGAGAACAGUUUUCUAAUCGCUCAUCCUUACAACCACCAGGAGAACGAGCAAUGGGCUUUCAUAAACUCUGUAUGCUAG